UGCGUGUAUGGGGAUGCAACAUAUGCUGUAAACAUUAUAUAAAUACAGACACAUUUCUUGUUAUUUUGAUACAUUUGUAUGAAAAACCAUCCGAUAAUACGACAUUCUUCCCUUCAUUCACUUUUAAAGGUUGUUCAAGAAAACCAGUUUCAAAAGUGUAACCAAACAGAACGAUUGGAAUUUUUUUAAAAAAAAUCAUGACAGAAAAUCAAGAAUUCAGCUAUAAGAAAAUUGGUGAUCUGAUUAAAGAAUCAGAUAAAAACUUCUACAACUACGAUGCGGAAGUAUGGAUCAGAAGUCGAAAAGAUGAGAUAAUUGAACCAAUAAAUGGAGAAAUAACAGGAAAAAUCCCAAACUGGAUUAAAGGAAGUUUUAUUCUAAAUGGUCCAGGUUCAUUUAAAAUUGGCGAUGUCUCAUUAAAUCAUGUGUUCGAUGGAAUGGCCUUACUUCAUCGCUUUCAUAUUGAAAAUGGAAAUAUUACGUACCAGUGCCGAUUUAUCAAGAGUGAAGCAUACGAAAAAGUAAAAUCCGAAAAUCGUUUGGCAUUUAAUGAAUUUGGAACCACAACAAUCAGCAAUGGAAGCUUCAUUCAAAAAGUACGUGCCUUUUUCUCACAACAUGAUGAAACGUCUGACAAUACACUAGUAACAGUAUAUCCCAUAGAUACUGACAUGUUUGCACUUACUGAAACACCAAUUAUUCGAAAAUUUAAUCCUAAAACAUUGGAAACAUUAGAACGAGUUGAUUUGAACAAAUCCACAAAGAUUGUUUUUCAGCCAGCACAUCCCCAGGUUUAUGAUGGAAAAUUUUAUCAAUGUGGUUUGUCAAUAACAUCUGAAGGAGCAAAGUACGUUAUAUUUUGCAUCCCCAACGGUGAAGACAAGUUUGAUAAUAUUCAGAUAAUCGCAAAAGUGCCAGCAAAACGAAAAUUUAGUCCGGGAUACAUGCAUUCGUUUGGCAUCACUGAAAAUUAUUUUGUUAUCAUUGAACAGCCACUAUCAAUGCCUGCGUUUCAAAUGAAGAUUGCAUCAUAUUUAAAAACGCCAUUUGUGAAUUCAUUUAAAUGGCUAAAAGAUGAAAGCACGUACAUUUUUUUGGUUGAUAGAGUUUCGGGUGAAGUAAAGCAUACUUUUGAAACAGAAGGAUUUUUCUACUUCCAUACUGUCAAUCAGUAUGAAAAGGAUGGACAUGUUGUGCUCGAUUUGAGUUGUUACAAUGAUGCAGAAUUGGUAAAAGGAUUGCUUGUCAACCAUUUGAUUAAAUUGAAGAAAGAAAAGAUAAAGACAAACAUGUUAAAUUCACGUGUUCUUCGCUUUGUCAUGCCAUUGAAUGUACUAAAAGAAGAAAAUAUUGAAAAGAAAAACCUUGUUUCGCUAGAAGGAACGGAAGCUGAAGCAUUCGUGAAAUCUGAUGGUUCCGUUUUUUGUGUCCCAGAAGUUAUUUGUAACACUCCAUUGGAAUUUGGGACGAUUUGGUAUGAUAAGUACCUCGGCAAGUAUUAUAAAUACUUCUAUGGUGUUGGAUAUGACGUCCAUGCAGAAUAUCCAUGUACAUUGUUGAAGGUUGAUGUUGAGAAUAAAACAACAAAAAUUUGGAAAGAAAAAAAUGCAUAUCCAAGCGAACCAUUGUUCAUACCAUCCAAGGAUGCAACAUCAGAAGAUGACGGUGUAGUAAUUUCAUCUGUUUCGUAUGGAGAGGCAGAUUCCAAUCGAGUAAUAUUGUUGGUGCUUGAUGCUAAAACUUUUAAUGAAUUGGGAAGAUGUGAAUUUAAAAACUUGUCAGAUCCAGUGACAAAAACUUUCCAUGGCUGGUUUUUGGACGAAAGACAAUAAUUAUUAUAUGAUAAUAAUUAAUAAUACAAUAAUCUUAUCAUUUUGAUUUAUGAAAAAAUAAAUUUAAUACCUAAUAAUUUUAUCCAAUGCGUAUAGGAUAUAAAUAUGGUAGCUUUUGUAACUUGAACUUUAUACAAAAAUUCUGGUUUUAAAAUGAAUAAAAACAAAAAAAUCAAAAUAAAAAAUAU